AUGAUAACUUAUGAUACUCAGCAGUCUAGAAGACUAAAGAACAGCGAUAUUUUUGUUAAAAAUUAUUUAAAAGCUAGUGCUUCACUGCCUCAUUUAUCACCAGAAAAUACUUACAAAUUAAAAUUGCCACCUGCUGCUUAUGAAAUUAAUAAACGGAGUUCAUCGAGAUUAGAAGAGUUUGAAACUUUAUUUUCAAAAGGAUAUAUCUCUAUUACAUCUAAAAAUCCAGAAAAAGAAAUUUCUAACUUUUUAUUUAUUAACCAGACAUAAAUUACAAAUUAAUUUGAUUUUUAUAUCGAAAUUAUAUCAAAUAUUGUAUAUAAUUAAACUAUUUAUGAAAUUUGUAAUAUCCGUGUUUCAUAUUUUAAGGAAGGUUAAGUCCAAGCCACAGGUAAAAGUCUUUAAGCCUAAUAUAACUAACACAGAAAAAGCUAAUGCAAUAUUUGAAAUCUGUAUUGGAAAAGGAAGAUUACGAAAAACUAUAAGUAUUGGGUGCUUACUCCCUGUCCUCCCUCGACGUGAGAGUGAGAGAACAAAAAAAAUUGUUUGCGUUAAUAUUUUUAGUAAAAAUUUAUCGUGUAAAUUUUUUUGAAUUUGAUCAAAAUUCAUAUAAUUGGAAAUUGAAAAAAAAUUAUACUUAAAAAUGUAAACUUAACAGAAUUGUCUACAAAAAUUAUCAUUUAUAUAUCAAAAUUGUUUUUUUUAGGUAUUUUUUUACCCCAAAAUUAGAGAUUUUUCCAAUGUUUUUUUUUAUUUGCUCACGAGGAGAGGAGUUAGUAACUCAAUCUAUAGCUUUAACAACAAACUUAUCAGUCUCGUCUCAAUUAGAUGCAGAAAGAUACCAACUUGUAUUUUUUGAUCCCUUACAAUCAGAAAGCUGUUUUAAUCCUUCAGAAUUUUUUUACACUGACCCUAUUCUCAAUUUUACCUUGGUAGCAGUCGAUAAAACUCCUAUAACAAUGAAUAAAAAAUGCUAUUUUCCAAUAAUAAGAAAUUUUAAUCUAUCAGAAGGCUCAAAAGUUGUAACUUAUUUCCAAGGGUUUGAAUAUGCAGAUAUUGACAUGAUAGAAGACGAUUAUUUUUAUUUUAAUUUAUUUUCAAAAAACCCAAAUGGUGCGCCAUUAUUUACAGAAAAACUAGACUUUCAAGGAAUUCAGGUGGUUGCAACACCAAACUACACCACAAAGCAGGCACUCAGAACUGAUGCCAUUUUUAAAUCGCUUUGAGAUAUCAGAUAUAAGCUUAAAAACCAAGAAUUAAUUGACAUGCUCGAAGAAUCGGAGCUUGAAGAAAAGCCAAAUAAUCAGCACGGCCACGAUUUUUUCUGAUUCGAGUGGCUGACCACCAAUAUUUACUAUUUUAAUUUUACAAAACAAACAUGAAAAAAAAUAAAACCAGAAAAUUCACGAGAAAUUAAUAACUGACUCCCCCCCCCCCCUCCGUGAGCGAACAAAACCAUUAGAAAAAUCGCCAUUUUUUUGACAAAAAACCCACCCUCCGUGAGUGAACAAAAUUUUUUUAAUAGAAAAAAAUUUUAAUGGAAAAAAAUUUUGAUAUAUAAGUGAUAAUUAGUAUAAUGAAAUCUAGAGCUAAUUCUGUUUAAUUUUAAACAAAUUGCGUUUUUAAAACAACAAAUUUUUUGCAAAUUAAAUUAAUAUUUGCUUCCCAAUUUUUGCAAAUUAGGAUUUUUUUUAAAUUUCGAAAAAAAUAUUUUUUAUAUAAAAUUUAUAUAUAAAUUUUUUUUUAAAAAAAAAAAUUAACCCCCCUCCGUGAGCGAACAAAAUUUUUUUGUUCGCUCACGGAGGGGGGGGGGGGGAGUGAGAGAAUUGGCACUUCAAUUGAAAUAACAGACUAGGAAUUGACCCCAAAGGAAAUUGAAUAAUUGCAGGAGGCAUUGAAAAUAGCAAUGGAAAUCCAAGCAAUGAAAUUUUUUUAUACAAAUCAGAAUCAAAUAUUCUACAAAGGCUGCCUAAUAUGCUUGAGCCAAGGGAAGAAUGCUCAGUUGUAUGCAUUUCUCAUUUCAUUUAUAUCCUAGGAGGUAAGAACAGCAAUGCAAGCUGUGAAAGAUAUAACAGAAAUCUAGAAGAAUGAGAAUUAAUCUCACCUAUGAUUUAUGAAAGGUAUGGCCAUGCUGCCCAUGCAAUGAACGCUGAACAAGAAAUUUUUGUUUUUGGAGGAAAUCCAUAUGAAAUUGCAACUACAAUUGAGAAAUAUAAUAUAGGUGAUGAAAAAUGAGAAGAAAUUGAAUUGAGGCUUUCUGAGCCAUUUAUACAAGGAGGGUUAUAUAAAGUAAAUGAGAAUAAAUUGAUAUUGUUUGGUGGAGCCUAUUCUAAUCAAGUUAAUGUAUUUCAAAUAAAUGAAGAAUCAUCAAAAAAUACCCAAGAAGAUAGCUAUAAAUACUCAAUAAAUAAAAUUAAAAAGCUAGCCGAAAAUAUUCAAACAUUUUUCCCUACAUUUUUAGAUUGAAGCCAGAAUUCUAUAAUCAUUAUGAAUGGAACUGAAAACUUUAACAAUUUUCGGGUAUCCAAAUACUCCUUUGACAACUAUACCGCAUUUGAAAGAAAAAUUAGUAAAGCAAAGAAAGGUCCUCAAUCAUAUCGACGGUUCCCAGAAUUAACUAUUUUGCAUUCCGCACGAUUUUUGCCUCCACUAUCAAACAAAUAUGCUUCAGUACCUAUUUCAUGGUCUCCAAAAUUUUCAUACAAAGGGUUUUAUUAUUAAGUGCUAGCUUAAUUAUUACUUACUCCCCCCCCAUCCUUGAUCGAACGAUUGACUGUAAAAAUUCCUAAAAAUUGGGGAAAUUAACCCCAAUCCUUGAUCGAACGAUUUUCAUAUCAUGCAAAAUUUUAUAUAUAUAAAAAUAUAUUAGUUAUCAAAAGCUUCGGAAGAUGUGCCUAAUGAAGUUGUUUUUCAGAGCUUUGAGACGACAGAAAGCUGCGAAAUCAACCAUCCGAAGUGAUUUAGACAUCAACAUAGGCUUAAAAGCUCAAUAAUCUAAUAAAAUAGAGAUUCUUUAAAAUUUUAAAAAAAUAUUUAAUUUAAAUUAAAAUUUAUACAGUUUAAAAGGGUAACUAAUAAAUCAAAAUAUUAAAAAUUGAUAUUUUUAUGAAAUUAAUUCAAUUUUUUGCUGUAAAAAUAAUUAUUAAAUACUCUUAACCCUCUUAUUUAAAGUAAAUAAAAAGGGGGUCUAUAUAUAUCUUUUUCAUUUUAUAUAUAAAAUUUUUUUCCCCAAAAAAAUUUUUUUUAACCCCCAUCCUUGAUCGAACGAUGGCGAGUCGUUCGAUCAAGGAUGGGGGGGAGUUAGUAUCCCACAAGAAAUAAAAUGCGACCUCGAUGGAAAUUGGCCAAAGAAGCACUACCUGAGCAGGUAGGAUCCAUGCUGAUGAAGCUGAAAACAGGGCCUCUAUCCAUUUUGAAGUAGGUCUUCAGGCUUGGGGAAGAGGGAAAUUUUGUUUCUCCCCAAAGGUUUUCCUGUCAGAUGGGCUAGACAGGUUUUGUCUUUCACAUAGUCUUCGUUUAUCGGGAUUAUCGGGCAUCCUACAUUGGGUGGCUCUAGAGGGGUCUCUCCGGAAAAUUCAAGAGGGUGGAAUUUUGACUGUAGCAUCAUAUUACUCUGGUGUCUAUGCACCCCGCGUAGGUCACGUUUCCUGAAAUCAAGGUAGUCCAGCUAGUUGGGAGUCUGUCAUGGUUGUGUAAAAUAUUAAUCUUAAUCUUAGUAUCCCAGAAAUCGAAACCAUUUUAAUUCAUAAAGUUUGAGUAUAUAAUUAAUUUACUUUAGUAUAA